UGAAGCCCCAAAUCAGGCCGUCCGGAGCUUCCAGUCGUUCGGAGAUUGCGACCUGGCGCUUCGCUGCAACCGCCGGUUUAGCAGGCCCAACUUGUCUCUACUUCAAGACACUUAGACGUAUCCAGCAAAAUCCCAUCUGAUUUUGAAGGAGCAACUCCUAGAAAUACUGAAGUUCUUCAUUGAAGAAGAAAUUGGACCACUGAAGAUCUACUAGUCCUCAUGCAUUCCAACAGCUGUUUUACCUCUCUGUUCUCCUUUACUGGCCCUGCUGUGAAGAGGCUGUUGGGCUGGAAGCAAGGAGACGAGGAGGAAAAGUGGGCUGAAAUGGCAGUGGAUUCUUUGGUGAAGAAGCUGAUGAAGAAAAGGGGUGCCUUGCAGGAACUGGAGAGAGCCCUCAGCUGUCCUGGGCAGCCCAGCAAGUGUGUGACCAUCCCCCACUCUUUGGACGGAAGGAUGCAAGUCUUUCACCGCAAAGGAUACCCACAUGUCAUCUACUGCCGAGUCUGGCGCUGGCCCGACCUGCAGUCUCAGCAUGAAUUGAAACCUCUAGCCUGCUGUGAAUUCCCCUUUGGUUCUAAGCAAAAGGACGUCUGCAUCAACCCUUACCAUUAUCAAAGGGUGGAAGCCCCAGUGUUGCCUCCAGUGUUGGUUCCAAGACAGAGUGAAUUCAACUCACAGUUCAGCCUCCUUACCCCAUUCCAAAAUGUGUCUCUUGAGAGUGAGCAACAGAUGUCCAACAGUGCAACUCAUCCUGGUCCUCAUCCUGCAAAGCAGCCUCCCUGCACCCCUUUCCCAGCAUCUCACAAUAUGCACACUGCAUCAACAAGCAGCAUGGGCUACUCAGUGACCCCAGGAAGUGCAGCUGCCCCAGAAAGGCCUUCUGAGCUCACAGCUGCCACAUCUCUUCCGCCUUCUAAUGCCAAAGAGAUGCCACAAAAGCCAAACAAAUGCCCUGCACAGGAAGUCCCAGGCAGUUCAUCAACACCACCAUUGCCCAGUGGAGGGAGAACUGGAGAACCUGGAGAUGUCCAACCUGUGAGUUAUGAGGAACCAGAUCAGUGGUGCUCAAUUGCCUAUUACGAACUCAAUAAAAGAGUAGGAGAGACUUUUCAGGCCUUUUCUCGAAGUAUACUAAUAGAUGGCUUUACAGAUCCUUCAAACAAGGACCGCUUCUGCCUUGGAUUGCUCUCUAAUGUUAACAGGAAUUCUUCCAUAGAAAACACCCGAAACCACAUCGGAAAAGGUGUCCACCUGUAUUAUGUAGGAGGAGAGGUCUUCGUUGAGUGUUUGAGCGACUGCAGCAUUUUUGUCCAGAGCUCGAAUGCCAACCAUGAGCACGGCUUCCACCCAAGUACCGUCUGCAAAAUCCCCAGUGGAUACAACCUGAAGAUUUUCAACAACAUGCUCUUUGCACAGCUGCUUUCCCAGUCAGUUAACCACGGUUUCGAGGGAGUCUCUGAGCUCACCAAGAUGUGCUUUAUCCAGAUGAGCUUUGUUAAAGGCUGGGGAGCAGGAUACCAUCGCCAGGCAAUCACCAGCACCCCGUGUUGGGUGGAGAUCCAUCUUCAUGGAGCUUUGAUAUGGCUGGAUAAGGUGCUGAGGGAAAUGGGCUCCCCAGAGGCUCCCAUCUCUUCCAUUUCAUAAGAAUCGUCUCCAAUAUCUGGUGACAAACAUGGCUUCAGAUAUAUGUAGGAUGUUUCUCCUUCUCUCUCUCUCUCUCUCUCUCUCUCUCUCUCUCUCUCUCCCUCCCUCCCUCCCUCCCUCCCCACUUUGAUAGUUAAUGUUUUUCAUGCUGUUUUAAUAUUUAAGAUAGUAGUCUGUUAUGUUCUAUUGAUGACUUUACUCCUCCCGCUUAUCCUAAUUAUUGAUAAUCAUAAUGAAUGAGGGUAAUUGUCAUCUGCAAUGAU